AUGGCGGACACUGAAGCCGAUUACAACCGUUUCCAUCUGUCCUCAGUUUUCAUUGGACGAUCGAUGGUGAAUCCCAACUUCAAUCAUCAAGAAGGAGCAAUUUACUGUGGGGCGACGGGGGGUGUUAUCUUGUGCAACAAGACGGUGCGCAGCGCUCUCGUGAACUCGGCGCGAUCCUUGACCUACAGCGGUGCGCCGUCGGUGCCGAUGGUGGCCUCUAUCCGGGCGGGUUAUCACCUGCUGAUGAGCGGCGAGACCCAGAAGGUAUUUGAGAGGUUCCUUUUCCCUCCACGGAGUGCCGGGACGUAUGCUGAUGCUGACGCGCCGUGUCAGGAACAAACCGCCAUCCAGACCAUUGUGAAAUACUUCUUCCAGACCCUCCUCGACCACCCCGUCUGGGGAGAAGGUAUGGACGAGGGUCUCAUCGACGUCCCCCUCGCCGAGGACUGGGAAGGGCGACCCUUCCACAGCCACAUCGUGCCGUUGCGAACCAGGAAUGGUCAUGAGCACUACCUGUUCGCCCACCUGGCCAUGGCGAACAUGAACGCUUACGCCAUCUCGUACCCCAUCGUGCCGAAGGGAACGGGUCGCAUCCGGCUCGUGUUCCAUGCUCAUAAUACCGAGCAGGAGGUGGAUAGGCUGGUGGAAACGGUGGCGGAUUGGGUGACUGAGAUGCUGGAGCUGGAGCGCAGUGGAUCGAAGCAUGCGUUGCCGAGGGCGGCGAGGGCGGCGUAUUCCAUGGGGCUGUCGAGCUAG